AUGUCUCAAUUUCGAAAAUAAACAGGUAAAAUAAAUUUGUAUUAAUAGAACUUUAUGUUUGGGGAAGUAAUAUAUAUAAAUUAAAAAUAAGACUGUUAGUAUGGUUAAUUAGGGUUAGGAGACGAAUACAUUAAAUAGAAUGUAAAUAAUCCAAAAUGUUGUUCUUACAAAAUUAUAGUGGUUAAAAUAGCUUGUGGUUUUUAACAUUCAUGCUUAUUAAUUAAUAAUGGGAAUUUAUAUACAAUGGGCUUGAAUGAAUAAGGGUAAUUAGGUUUAAAUACGUAAUGAAUUUAAAUUUGAAUAUAGUCAACUUUCGUUCAUCUCAACUCCUCAGUUAAUUGCAUUAAAAGGCCCAUUUAUAAGAAUAAAAGCUGCUGCUAAUUAUACUGUCGGUUAAAGAGAUACAGGUGAACUUUAUACAUGGGGAUAAAACUAAGCAUUCAACAUUCAUACAAAUUAACCAUAAUUACUUAAAAUAAAGAAGAUCAAUCAAUUUUCAUGUGGUGAAAAUCAUAUGGGUUUAAUUGAUUUUAAUUGUUAAUUAUUUAUGUGUGGAUCUAAUGAUUAUGGUUAAUUAGGUUUGAAUUGUUAUGAAAGUGUAAGAAAAUAUAGAAACUUUUUAGUUUGUGCCUUAAUAAGUUCUAACUUUAGAAAAAUAUGAUAAAGUCAAAUGUGGUUUAACUCAUACAUUAGUUUUAAACAAUGGUCUAGUCUAUUCCUUUGGAUCUAACAAGAAUGGAGAAUUAGGAAAUGGAAAAUUAACUAAUACACAUAAUCAAUUAAAACCUUUGAAAAUGAUAAAUGUUAAUAAAAUCUAUGCUUCUAAUUUUUCUGCAGCCAUAACCAAUAAAAAUGAAUUAUAUUUAUGGGGAGUAAUCUAUUUAUAUUAAUAAGUCUGGCAUAUUUGGAGAAUUUCAUACACCUACUAAAAUUGAAUUUUCAAAUUAUAUUAAAAAAAUUAAACUUGGAAUUGGUUUUGGUUGCAUAUUAGAUGAAGAAGGAUAAAUCUAUACUUGGGGUAAAAAUUCUUCAGGUGAAUUGGCUCAAAAAGACUACAUUCCCAGAACAGAUAUUUAACAUAUUAAAUAAUUGAAAAAUAAAUAAAUUAAAACUUUGGAUUGUGGUGCUAAUUUUGUUGUAAGCAUUAGUAAAAUUUAAGAAAGACCAAUUAAUUAUGAACAAAUCAUUAAAGAAAAUGAUCACCUUAAGUAAAAAUUAUUAUAAAUGGAAACCAUUUUCAAAAAUUAAAAAAUUAAAUCUUAAACUGAUUUAUAAUAUACACUAUAAUAAGAAUGUAAAAGCUUUGAUUUAGGAAUUAUUUAGGAUUAAUUAGAAUAAAAAUAAAAACUAAUUUAAGAUUAGGAAAAAAUAAUUUAAAGUCAAAAAGAUAGAAUAAUAUUUUUAGAAUCAGAGCUUAAUUACUAUUAAAAUAAAGAGAAUUUCAAUCAAAAUAUAGAUUCACAUACAUAUAAAUAAGAUUUCAAAAAUCAAACAAAAAUAAAAUUUGAUCUUUAUAAUUAAUGA